CCUGGACCAGCAGGGAGAGGUAGGCAAGGAAUCCUGCUACAGACAGAUUUGGUUCUCGUACUUUUUCGCCUUCCUUUCCCUAUUGGUCCAUAGCAAAAUAGGAUGGAACACAUAUACUUUACGUCGUCUGUAUAUGUGUGUCCGCAGCAUGGCUACUAUGCCAUCCACGGCGCAGCUCAGGGGGGGUCAUGUUGAUGCGGUCAAUUUGUUGGUUCAGUUGGGUGGCCGGGGAGAACUCGACAAACGAAAUGAAGUGGGGAGGCCAAAUGCAUGAGCCAAAUAUGCUUCACAAUGUGUCCUAUGAUGGUUGCAGCUCGGCGACACACCCUUCACGUGCCUUUCCCUAUUGAGCUGUAGGCAGAGACCAACACGAUCCGUGUGUUUGCAUGCAUAUUUCUCGUUAUACGGGGAGUGUUUGCAGGGGGGGGAAUGGGACGGCAAAGGGGUACCAAGCCAUCGACGUAAGGGAGAGGGAUCGUAAGAGGGCGCAUGCAUGCAUUCAUGGGAAAAAUCGGGUGUCUGGUGUGAUUGAUGUGCGGCCAGAUGUAUCGGAGUUUCGCCCACUACCUGUCGGUGCAGGGCUACGAGUUCGUCGAACGGGCCGGCCAGGGCGGGUAAGUCAGUCAGCAAGCCGCCAUGACGUGACGAACAGACAGACCCCAUAGGCAGGCACACUGCAGUGACUGACCAUUGUGUGUGUGUGUUGGUCAGCAAUGGGUACGUGUACAAGUCAAGGACCGGCUGUUCGGCACCAUCUGGACUGUCAAGACCGUCCCACGCAGCGACUCCCGGUCACUGAGCCAUCCAUCCAUCCAUCCAUCUCUGUGUGUCUGUGUCUGUGUGUAUGUCAGUCAGGACACCUCGAUGGUCACCGAGAGUGAAUUCGUCGCCAAGUACGCCCGAGUGGUGCGGCUGCCCCCCUGUCGCCAUCUCUGCACCACCAUGGAAAUGGUCCAAAACCACGACUCGUUCUACUCUGCACCACCAUGGAGUGGGCACGGGAGUUCUGUAUGUCUCGUCGCCUGUUCUUCUAUGCAGAGCUGUUGACGCGGCCCCUUUCGAUACCAACCUCCACGUGGACGAGGUAGAGGAGGAUUUGCACAAAAUGUGGGUGGGUGUGUCUCGUACCACGGUGGGCUGCGAGGUUGGGCAAUGACAAGGAGCGGGCAUCACGUGGAUUGUGCCCUCACUGGAUGAGCAAGAGGUGCUUUUCGGUACGUCACUGAAGUACACGUGCCCCUCCUACUUUCUGACGGGUGAGAGGGGAGGGAGGGCUGGGGCACAGUCAUGCUUCUGAUGCACAACCUAAUGGAUGUGUCUGUGUCUCCAGGCAGCGGGUCGCCGGAUUGAUUCCAAUGCUUCCAGCGCGGGGGAGCUGUGUCGAUCAGUUCUGAGAGAAGAGACGAGGUGCCAGAAGCUUCAUAUCGUUGCUUACAUUUUAUAUUCGUCAUGG